AUGGAGCUCAUCCCCAACCUUUCCACAGAAACCUUGGUGCUGUUGGCUACCAGCCUGGUGCUUGUCUACAUAUAUGGGACCUAUUCUCAUGGGCUUUUUAAGAAACUUGGAAUUCCUGGACCAAAACCUCUGCCUUUAUUUGGCAACAUUCUUUCCUAUCGUGAAGGUACAUGGAAAUUUGAUGAAUAUUGCUAUAAGAAGUAUGGGAAAACAUGGGGGUUAUAUGAUGGUCAACAGCCUGUGCUAGCUAUCACGGAUCCAGAGAUCAUCAAAACAGUGCUGGUGAAAGAAUGCUACUCAGUCUUUACAAACCGUCGGUCUUUUGGGCCAGUGGGACUUAUGAAAAAGGCCAUCAGUAUAUCCGAGGAUGAAGAAUGGAAGAGACUUCGAACACUGCUGUCUCCAACAUUCACCAGUGGAAAACUCAAGCAGAUGUUUCCCAUCAUUGGAGAGUAUGGACAUACGUUGGUGAAAAACUUGAGAAGAGAAGAAGAGAAAGGGAAGCCCGUCACCAUGAAAGACAUCCUUGGAGCUUAUAGCAUGGAUGUGAUCACUGGCACAUCAUUUGGAGUGAACGUUGAUUCCCUCAACAACCCACAAGAUCCAUUUGUACAGAAAGCCAAGAAGCUCUUAAAGUUUUCAGUUUUUGAUCCAUUUCUUCUCUCCAUAUUUCUGUUUCCAUUCCUUACUCCAAUAUAUGAGUUACUAAGUCUCUCCAUUUUCCCAAGACAAUCAGUGAACUUUUUCAAAAAAUUUGUAGCAACCAUGAAGAAAAAUCGCCUUGAUUCAAACCAGAAGACACGAGUGGAUUUUCUUCAGCUAAUGAUGAACACUCAGAACUCAAAAGGCGAAGAGUCCCAGAAAGCUCUUUCUGAUCUAGAAAUGGCAGCACAAACUGUUGUUUUCAUUUUUGCGGGCUAUGAUGCCACAAGCACAUCCAUUUCCUUCAUCAUGUAUGAGCUGGCCACCCACCCUGAUGUGCAGAAGAAACUUCAGGAUGAGAUUGACAGAGCUCUGCCUAAUAAGGCACCUGUCACCUAUGAUGCCCUGAUGGACAUGGAGUACCUGGACAUGGUAGUGAAUGAAACUCUCAGAUUGUACCCUAUUGCUAACAGGCUAGAGAGGGUCUCAAAGAAGGAUGUGGAAAUCAAUGGAAUGCUCAUUCCCAAAGGGACUAUAGUUAUGAUGCCAAUCUAUCCUCUUCAUCGGGAUCCUGAGUACUGGCCAGAGCCUGAGGAGUUCCGCCCUGAAAGGUUCAGCAAGGAGAACAAGGGCAGCACUGAUCCUUAUGUGUACAUGCCCUUUGGGAAUGGACCCAGGAACUGCCUUGGCAUGAGGUUUGCCCUCAUCAGCAUGAAACUGGCUGUCAUCAGCGUCCUGCAGAACUUCACCCUCCAGCCUUGUGAAGAAACUCAGAUCCCGCCAAAGUUGAGCAGUCAACCAAUUCUCCAACCAGAAAAACCCAUCAUCCUGAAGGUUGUGUCAAGAGAUAAACCCAUAACUGGAGCAUGA